AUGAGCACCGUGGACCUUGCCCGUGUUGGCGCGUGUGUCCUGAAGCACGCGGUCACCGGAGAGGCCGUAGAGCUGCGGAGCCUGUGGCAGGAGCAGGCGUGCGUGGUGGCCGGCUUGCGGCGCUUCGGCUGCAUGGUGUGUCGCUGGAUCGCCCGGGACCUCAGCAACCUCAAGGGGCUCCUGGACCAGCACGGCGUGCGCCUGGUGGGCGUGGGGCCGGAGGCCCUAGGCCUGCAGGAGUUCCUGGAUGGUGGCUACUUCGCAGGAGAGCUCUACCUGGACGAAAGCAAGCAGUUUUACAAGGAGCUGGGCUUCAAGCGGUACAAUAGCUUGAGCAUCCUGCCGGCUGCCCUGGGGAAGCCUGUUCGCGAUGUGGCUGCCAAGGCCAAGGCUGUCGGCAUCCAGGGGAAUCUGUCCGGGGAUCUGCUGCAGAGCGGAGGGCUGCUCGUGGUUGCCAAAGGUGGUGAUAAAGUGCUGCUGCACUUUGUCCAGAAGUCCCCGGGUGACUACGCCCCGCCGGAGAGCAUCCUGCAGGCCUUGGGCAUCUCUGCAGAGGUCGGCCCCAGCGAGCCGCCCCAGUGUGAUGAAGAGGCAUGCUCAAGGUGA